AGUCUGAGGUCAUCCUUAAAAAGCUUUAAUCGUUUUUUUUUAAAUCAUUUAUGAACAUCCAUUAAAAAUAAAAAGAAUUUUGUGCUGGAAAUGUCCCAUUAUAGUAAAUUUACAUUUUCUAAGGUUGGUAUGGUAGAAAUUCAAUCAGGGAGACAAAUCUCUUUCAAAUUUGAAACAAAAAUUAUUUGUUGAAAGAUAAAUGUCAAUGUAUUAUUAUUAUAAUAAUUAUUAUUAGUGACGAGUUUUAUAUACAAUACCAGUAGAACCAUAUACUUAAGUCCUACGAAUAAACAAUAUGGAACAACAUAUGUUAGAGUCUGAAGAAGUAUCAUUUCCAAAGGAGUAUCAAAUCAAUCCUCAGCUAAAUACUAAUUUUGAUGAUCAGACCAUGGAUGACCAACCUCCUGAAGCAGCUAAUCUCACUAGUGAGAAUAUAGAAAUGGAAAAUAUGAAUAAUUUAAACCUUAAACUAAAUUACAAACAGGCAGAAGCAAUCAUUCAUAAACAGUGUAAAGCAUUUAUCAAACAACAGAAAACACAAAAAACGACAUCAGAAAUCCUUACACAACAAAAUAAUCAUAUUCUACAGAAGAUUAACGCCGAAAAGAAGAUUCUUGGGUUACUGCAAUUGGAAGCCGAUAAAUUGAAUACUGACAUUAGAAGAUUAGAUGAGGAGACCUCACAUAUUGUACAAAGACAGCAAAAUGCUUGUGAAAUCGUAGAAGAAAUGCAAAAGUAUGUUACAGAAUUAGAGCAGAACGCAAAAAAUGUAGAGAAUAAUCGUAACGAAUUGCUGACCAAAGCCGAAAACCAAAAAGAAAAAUUUAAAAGCACUAUCGACGCCGCCGUAAAAGAAUACAAUCGUCUUAGAGAUUUAUUUUCCGCAGGUAACAACCCAUCAGGUGACGGUGAUCGUGAUUCUUUACGGAAAGAAAAUUUACAUCUAAAACAGCAAAUAAAUGAAAACCGUGAAGAGUUCAAACUCCUGGAGAUAUUGUAUUCUUUAAAAGUUGAAAAGGAGAAUCUUGAAACUGGUAUAUGUGAGAAGAAAAAUAGUUAUAAUGAGAUUAAUAAGAACUUAGACGUUUUAGAGAGUAUACAAGAGCACACUGUGACUCAAUUUAAUGAAGAAUAUGAGAAAUACAUUAAACUAAGAGUUGAUGAUUUAAGUUGUGACUUAAACCGACUAAAUCAGAAGAUAACGGCGGUUAAGGAACAAGUUUUUGAUAACGAGAUAUCGUUAAAACGUACUCGAAUUGGUGAAACUAAAGAAAUGAUUGAAAAACGAAAGGAGGAAAUUGCGGAGAAGCAAAAGCGGAUAGAUCAGAUGAGCGGGGAGUAUAUAAGUAAAGUUGAUGCCUUAAAAAAACAAAUUGUUGAUGUUGAAAAGGAAGCAGCUCAGUCUGGAGAAAGCAAUCAGGAAAACAUGCAGGCUUCUGAAUCGUUAAUAAAAACAUUCUGCGCUAAACAAGUGGAAAAAGAUAAAUUAUUGAACAAAAAGUUCACAUUGCAAGAAAAAAUAAACGCCGAUCAAGUUUUAUUGGUCGAAAUAAAAUUACUUAAAGAAAAAAUAGCGGCAAAAGAAAACGCCAUAGAAUCCUUAACUGAUGCCAUAACCAAUAUAUCCGAUGAUAAGUCUAUAUUGGAGUUGUCAAGGAAAAGGUCGUAUUUGGAUGCCUGCAAAACUUUCCUCGAAGAAAGAGCUGAAAUCACAAAAAAGAAAAGGGACGAAGAAGAAUUUAAUAUGCAACAACUACAAGCAAGUGUAGAGGAAAUAAAGAAUAAAUGCGAAGAAAAAAGAAACGAAAUAUUUAAGAAAACAGGAAAAAGAGUAAGUCCUAAAGGGAUUCUAAAACGUAAAGGUCAGAAUAAGACCCCUCCUGUUUCCCCCAAAAAGGUAACGUUUAUUAAUGUGUCUACAGAAUCAUCUGUUUCAACUCAGGAUGAUGAGGAAGAUACUUUCGAAAAAAUAUUGAAACAAUACAGAAUGAAGCACAGGGAUUUGAAAUCGAAUCCGAAACCAAAUAAAAUGAAAAGAUUAGUUUUGGAAGAUGAUAACUGAUCAAUAAAUGAAGAAUGUAUAAUAGAAGAGUUUUUAUUUAAGUUCACCAAUGUUCUAUAAUAGGCCUAUCGUUUAAUUAUUUUAUGGAUAUCUAGUUAUACUUUUUAUAUACACAGUACAUACUUACAACUUAAAACUAAUAGUCCGGGAGGUAGCGUCAAGUUUGACCGGAGCAUUUUAGCAUGGCUGUUUUUUUAUAGAGGGUGUUUCAUUGGGAAACGGAAAUACUUUAAUGGUGAAUAGAGGUCACCGAGGCCGUUCUAGGUAUACUAAAUUUUUUGCCCUACCACUUUUAUAUCCGAGUUACAGGAUGUUUUAUCGAUUUUUCUCAUUUCUUUCCUAAGCCAUAACUUUAGAACCACCCUGUAUAUUUUUUAAUAUUUGGUACGCAUAUGUCUCAUUCAAAACCCAAACGACCGACAUACUAAUCACAAGAAAAAUCCAGGUCCGGAUUAACAAAAAAUUAUAAAGUAGUUGUGACCUUAAAACAACACCCUGUAUAUUGAAAUUUUUAAAAUAUGUUUGCAUAUUUGAAAAGAGCACAAAAAACAAAGUCUAAUGGUUUGCUUCGAUUUUUCGGCCAGACAAUUUUUUGACCUUAAUUUUGAAAUUAUAUUGAAUUUUUUAAGAAGUCAACAUUAAAAAGCAGGUAUUAUUAACUUUUAAUUAUAAAUUAUUAAAGUUAUUGAAUAUAUACUCAUUUUAAAAUGAAUCAAUACUUAUUUACCAUAUUGGAAAGACCCAAUUAUUAAUCACAAGAAAAAUCCAGGUCCGGAUUAACAAAAAAACAUAAAGUGAUUGUGACCUUGAAACAACACCCUGUAUAUGGACAUUUUCAAAAAUUGUUUGCACAUUUGAAAAGACCACAAAAAUACGAGUUUAUCGGUUCACUUUGAUUUUUUGUGCAAAAAUUUAUUAACUUUAAUUUUGAAAUUAAAUACUUAGGUAUAUUCAAAUUUUUAAGAACCCUGAAAUUUAUAAACAGGUUUUUAAAGCACUUUUAAUAAUAAAUCAUUCAAGUUAAUGAAUAAAUACUGAUUUUAAAAAUAAUAAGUUAUAAUUUACUGCGUUAGAAGGACUCACUUACUAAUCACAAGAAAAAUCCAGGUCCGUAUUAACAACAAAAUACAAAAUAAUUAUUGUGACCUUGAAAAAACACCCUGUAUAUUGAAAUUUUUAAAAUACGUUUGUACACCUAAAGUGAGCACGAAAAACUAAGUUUAAUGUCCCACUUUCAUUUUUUGUGCAGGCAAUUUAAUGACAUUACUUUUGAAAUUAUAUCGAAAUUUUUAUUAUGAGUUCCCAGAGUUCUUAAAAAUUUCGACAUAAUUUCAAAAAUUGUCUGGCCAAAAAAUUAAAGCAAACGAGUAAACUUAGUUUUUGUGCUCUUUUCAUACCUAUGUGCAAACGGAUUUUGAAAAUUUCAAUAUACAGGGUGUUGGUUUCAAAGUUACAAUUACUUUAUAUUGUUUUGUUAAUCCGGAUCUGGAUUUUUAUUGUGAUUUGUAAGUGGGUCAUUAGAAUGUCGUAAAUAAGUAUUAAUUAUUUUUAAAAUGGGUAUUUAUUUAAUAACUUUAAUAAAUUAUUGUUAAAAGUGCUAUAAAAAUCUGCUUUUUAAUUUCAGUGUUCUUAAAAGUAUCAAUAUAUUUAAUUUCAAAAUUAAAGCCAUUACAUUUUCUUCACAAAAAAUUAAUGCAAACCGAUAAACUCAGAUUUUUGUGGUCUUUUCAAAUGUGCAAACAAAUUUUGAAAAUUUCAAUAUACAGGGUGUUGUUUCAAGAUCAAAAUUACUUUAUGUUUUUUUGUUAAUCCGGACCUGGAUUUUUCUUGUGAUUAAUAAUUUUGUCGUUCCAAUGUGGUAAAUAAAUAUUGAUUAAUUUUAAAAUGAAUAUUUAUUCAAUAGCUUUAAUAAUUUAUAAUUAAAGGUUUAAUAAUACCUGCUUUUUAAUGUCAGAGUUUUUAAAAAAUUCAAUAUAAUUUGAAAAUUAAAGUCAUAACAUUGUCUGACCGGAAAAUUGAAGCGAACGAUUGGACUUAGUUUUUUGUGCUCUUUUCAAAUAUGCAAGCAGAUUUUCAGAAUUUCAAUAUACAGGCUGUUGUUUUAAUAUGACAAACUUUAUAUUUUUUUGUUAAUCCGGACCUGGAUUUUUCUUGUGAUUAGUAUGUCGGUCAUUUGGGUUUUGGAUGAGACACAUAUGUGUACCAAAUAUCGAAAAAAUAUACAGGGUGGUUCUAAUUAUGACUUAGGAAAUAAAUAGGCAAAAUCGAUAAAACACCCUGUAACUCGGUUAUAAAAGUCGGUAGGGCAAAAAAUGUAGUAUACCUAGAACCGCCUCGGUGACCUCUAUUCACAAUUAAAAUAUUUCCGUUUCCCUAUGAAACACCCUGUAUAAAUAAUACAUACUUACAACUUAAAACUAAUAGUCCGGGAGGUAGCGUCAAGUUUGACCGGAGCAUUUUAGCAUGGCGGUUUUUUUUAUAUAGUCAGUUGUUCCAAAGCCUAUUAACAAAUGAUGUGUCAGCUGGCCCAAAACCGGGGCUUUUAGACAAGAAAGGAUAAAAUAUGAAAGUAGAUGGAAAAACCCUACAACUUAUAUGUCAAAUAUUUAUCUCCGUGCCUUACAUCCAUAAUGGCCUAGGGGUUAGAAUACCUGGCUCCUUGCUUUCUCCCAGGCGAGUCGGGUUCGAUUCCCGGCGUCGGAAAAACUUUUUGUUUUUAAAAUAGACAUUUUGAUUUGAAAAAUAAUUCUUCUUCUUCUUCUUCUUCUUCUUCUUCUUCUUGCGACUAGGAUUACUCCUGUUUGUCUGCCUCUUAUUAUGUUUCAGUUGUUGUUGACUGCACAUUGUCUUUCCACCUUUUCGGCGGCCUUCCAACGGGUCUUCUGCUAUACGGCUUGUUGUUUUUACAGAUAUUCGCUAAUCUAUCUGGUUCCAUUCGGUUUACAUGUUCGUUCCAGUUUUUCUUUCUUGUUUUUAUCCACCUGUUAAUAUUUUGAAUUUUGCAUCGUUCUUGUAUGCUUCUGUUGCUUUGUCUGUCUCUUAAUGAUAUGCUCGCUAUUGACCUUAAUACUUUCAUUUCGAUAUUGUUGAUUUGUUGUUUCGUCUUUCUUGUAUCGGUCCUUGUCUCCGCUGCAUAUGUUAGGAUAUGGUUUCUCGGAGACAACCACUUACUCUUGCUGAUUUUGUUGCUUGUGGUGUGGUAUCUAUUCUUAUAUUCCUGUUGCUAGUGCUCUCUACUCCUAGGUAAUUGAAUUUCAGAAUUAUAAAAAUUAUUUUUCGAAUCAAAAUGUCAAUUUUAAAAACAAAAAGUAUUUCCGACGCCAGGAAUCGAACCCGACUCGCCUGGAGGAAAGCCAUGAGCCAGGUAUUCUAACUACUAUACCAUUAUGGAUGUAAGGCACGGAGAUAAAUAUUUGACAUAUAAGUUGAAGGGUUUUUCCAUCUAUGUACUUUCAUAUUUUAUCUUUUCUUGGCUAAAAGCCCAGAAGUCACGCUAGCUAACAGACAUUUUCGUUAUCAAACAAGUAAUAUCUACCAAAAUAAAUUCAUAGAAUCCGUGCUAAAAUCACCGUAAAAAUUUGACACUACCUCCUAGAUUAUAAUUUUCCAAGUUCAAAACAAGACAAUUUCAGUCAAUAUUAAACAACAAGACCAGGUUUAUAAGUUCUGUGCUUACAUAAACUACAAUAUUUAUAUUAUUAGACAAGACGAAAACGGCGGGUUCGUUGGAAAAAAUAUUCCCAUGAGAUUUUUUUGCAUAAUCACAUUUGUAAGACACCCCAGAAUAAGGUUCAAGAAGUCGCCCACGCGAAAAGUGGUCCAAAUUUUUUUAACAAUUUUUUUUAAUCAAAUUGCAAAAAUCAAUAUUUUUGGCCCGGACAAAUUAUUUUUAGGUUUUUUGGACCAUUCUGGAUAAAAAAGGUUACUUAUAAUUUUUCUGUAAAGUUGAUCUUUUUCUACCUACCUACUAAAGUUGAUCUACCUACUUUAGAGAAAAAAUAUAACAGACCUUUUUUGUCCAGAAUAGUCCAAAAAAUCUCAAAAAAAUGUGGGGCCAAAAAUAUUGAUUUUUGCAAUUUAAUUAAAAAAAAAUUGUUAAAAAAAUUUGGACCACUUUUCGCGUAAGCGACUUCUUGAACCUCAUUGUGGGGUGUCUCACGAAUUUGAUUAUGCAAAAAAAUCUCAUGGGAAUAUUUUUCCCAACGAACCCUUGUCUAUAUGUGCUUAUAAACAUAAUUCUGUAAUUAACUAUUUAGUGGGAAAUAAGCCACAAUUAACUUGAAAAAAUAAUUUUAUUAACGUUUCGAAGCCCAAAUCGGGUUUCGUUGUCAAAAUACAAAAUACUACUAAAAUAAACAAAAAUGUUGUUGCUAAGUAACAACUAGUAUUUUGUAUUUUGACAACGAAACCCGAUUUGGGCUUCGAAACGUUAAUAAAAUUCAAAAAAAAAGUUAAUUGUGGCUUAGUUUCCACUAAAUAGUUAAUCAUAAAAAUGCCACAAGGAAAUAGCUUCAGAACAACAAUAAUUCUAUAAACACCAAAGUUUUGGUCUAAAUCUUGCAAUUAAACUUAAAAACCUGCAUCUUUUGUGUACCACAUGGAACAUUGACCUUUGACAAUCUUAUUAGUAAUAAAAAUUAUGAAAUUUUAAUUUUGUUUGUGCCAGAUCAGAAUUAUAAUAUAUAUCUAUAAUACACUCACCGGCACAAAAUUCCGCUACCCAAAUUUUUUAUUAAGUUUGACAAUUUAUAACUUUAUUAUUUGUCUCCGAUUUUCAAGAUUCUUGCACCAGUUUGUAGGUACAUGUAUUGUUAUCAUUAAUUUGGUAUUAUUCCGGUAACAAAAAAAAUUGCUUGCAUGGCAUUAUACAGGGGUGAAUGUUGUAUUUUCUCCUACCUUUAAAAAAUUCCCUGUAAAAAUGGAAUAGCUGAUUUGGUUUCAUAGUCCUGUCAUAUUAUCCCGGAGGCAUCACUACAAUUUUCUAUUUUGAAUUAUCCGAAUAUCUCUUUUUUCGUAAGAGCUGUACAAAUUUUUGUAAAUAAAAACACUGAUUGACUCAUAAAAUAGAGAUUGGAUUAGAUAAGAUUAGAAUGUUCCGCAUGCACCCCAGAUCUCAAUCCUAUUGAGCAUUAUGGGAUGAAUUAAAAAAAGAUAUUUGCCGUCAUCCUAGGCCUCCAGAAAAUUCGGUACCGUUAUGGUCCUGGUAGAGGAAUAUCGGACUAUUGACCUGGCAAGGAUAACACAUCUUUAUUCGAUGCUAAACAGAUUGCGAGCAGUCGUUGCUGCAAGAGGUGGACGUACCCGUUAUUGAAUUGUUCUGUUAAAAAAACAGUAAAUCCUUUAUAAAAGGUAUAUUUAAAAUCCCUAAAAAGGGCUAUAUCACAAUUAGAACUAGUUGUCGACUAGUUUACCAGUCAUCAUCAGUGCUUACCUAAAAUGAAUAUAACCUGAUAAAAUAAUGCAAAGAUUGAAAUUUUGACUAGGGUUAAAAAGCUGUCGGUUA